GUCGUAUGAAUGCACCCUAACUAAAACUAACCUACCUUAUCCACUAUGCAAAAAGUCAUCUAAUCUAAUAAAAACAUCCACGUGCUGUGCCUAAAAAAACAAUGCAACAAUGAAGGUUAAAACUUUAUCAAGAAAUCCCGAUUUUUAUAUAAGGGAAACGAAGCGUGAUAUUCAUAAAAUCAACAGAAAUUAUGAUCCUUCGUUGCAUAUGUUUCAACAUGAAAGGGAAUAUACGAGAGCUCUAAAUUCAGUGAAAUUAGAACGAGUAUUCGCUAAACCUUUUAUCGGUAAUUUAAAUGGCCAUAAGGAUUCAGUGUCAUGUUUGUGUAAACAUCCAGUUCAUUUAUCAGUUUUGAUAAGUGGUGCAUUCGAUGGUGAAGUUCGUGUUUGGAAUUUACCUGGACGAGAGUGUACACGAUCAUUUUUAGCCCAUGAUGGAAUUGUUCGUGGAAUAACACAAACUUCAAGUGAGAAUCACUUCAUCACCAUAGGCGAUGAUAAAAUUAUUAAAACAUGGAAUUUGGAAAAUACUAUUGGUAAUGACGAUGAAGGACCCAUACCAGUUAAUACUGUUCUAUGUGAAACUCUACUAACUGCUGUAUCACAUAAUCGUAAAAAAAAUCAAUUCGCAACUUGUGGUGAAGUGUGUCAUCUUUGGGAUUCAAGUAAAAGUAAACCAAUUAAAUCUUUUAAAUGGUGCGUGGACAGUCUGCAUGACGUUAAAUUUAAUCCUGUUCAAACGAAUUUAUUAGCGGUUUGCUCAUCUGAUCGAAGUAUAAUUUUAUACGAUACAAGAGAAGUAGGUCCUUUACGUAAAGUAAUUAUGUCAUUGCGUUCGAAUAAACUUUGUUGGAAUCCAAUGGAGGUAUAUACAUUCACUUGUGCGAAUGAGGAUUACAACUUGUAUACAUUUGAUAUGAGAAAUUUAAAAACACCAGUAAAUGUACAUAUGGAUCAUGUUGAAGCUGUCAUGGAUGUUGAUUACAGUCCAACUGGAAAAGAAUUUGUUUCAGGCAGUUAUGAUAAGUCAAUUCGCAUUUUUGAAGUAAAUAAAGGUCGAUCGCGAGAAGUGUAUCAUACAAAACGUAUGCAGAGGAUUUCAAAUAUUGCUUGGUCACUUGACAAUAAGUACAUAUUAAGUGGAAGUGACGAAAUGAAUAUCCGAGUUUGGAAAGCUCGAUCAUCAGAGAAGCUAGGAGUGUUAAAACCACGAGAGAAACUAGCUUUGCAAUAUAGUGAAACUCUGAAAGCUAAAUAUGGAUCACAUCCUCAUGUACGACGAAUCGCUCGUCAUAGACAAGUGCCAAAGCAUAUUUAUAAUGCACAAGCUGAGGUUCGAAAAUCUCGAGAAAAAAUUGCACGCAAGGAGUCAAAUAGAAGAAUUCAUUCAAAGAAAGGCGAAGUGCCAUUUACUGCAGAAAGACAAAAACACGUGGUUGCAGAAGAGAAAUAAAUGCAAAUUUUUUUAAAUUGAGAAGUGCAAAAUUUUCACUAUUUUUCAUUAUGUAUGUGUAAAAAUAUAUAACAAACUUUUUGACAAA